GUGUCCGCCGCUGAGUAUUACAGACUGUAGGCUUGUGCCCGGUCUGGGUCUGGGCCUGGCCAGGCAGCUCAUGUCUCUUGGCUUUUGUGUUGGUGACUUAUUAAGGACGACAUCUCUUCUUGUUCCUCUCGAUUUCGUGCCAUCUAGAUUCACCUGGGCGCCUCCUUCCUUGGCUGCUGCAACGGCCUCAGCUCACUGCUAGGGCCGCCCGCCCUCUCCACACUCCAUACCAAGCUGUAGCACGAGCCCAAGCCCAGCACAGCCAAAGCCAGCCUCAGCCUCCCACGACGCUGUGGAGUCAUCCGACCACCACCGCCCUCAACCACCACCCUUGAACCAGGCCCCAAUUUCUGCCAUCUGCCGUCGGCCGGGUAAAAAAAAGCCCACCGCAACCACGUAUAUUACCACUUCCACCACAUACAGCCUGCGCGCCCGACGACACGGCGUCGCAGACGUCCGCUUGCCAGCCAGCCCCCCACUGCCACAAUGGCGCGCGUCUACGCAGAUGUCAACCAGAACAUGCCCCGGAGCUACUGGGAGUAUGACAGCGUCAACAUCAGCUGGGGUGCCCUCGAGAACUACGAGGUCGUCCGGAAGAUCGGUCGAGGCAAAUACUCCGAGGUCUUCGAGGGCAUCAACGUGGUUAACUACCAGAAGUGCGUCAUCAAGGUGUUGAAGCCAGUCAAGAAGAAGAAGAUCAAGCGAGAGAUCAAGAUCCUCCAGAACUUGGCUGGCGGCCCCAACGUCGUGGCCCUGCUGGAUGUCGUGCGCGACUCAAUGAGCAAGACGCCGUCCCUGAUCUUCGAGUACAUCAACAACACGGACUUCCGGACGCUGUACCCCAAGUUCAACGAUAUCGAUGUGCGCUACUACAUCCUGGAGCUGCUCAAGGCGCUCGACUUCUGUCACAGCAAGGGCAUCAUGCACCGCGACGUCAAGCCUCAUAACGUUAUGAUCGAUCAUGAGAAUCGCAAGCUGCGCCUGAUCGAUUGGGGUCUGGCAGAGUUCUACCACCCGGGCACCGAGUACAACGUGCGCGUGGCGUCGCGCUACUUCAAGGGCCCCGAGCUGCUGGUCGACUACCAGGAGUACGACUACUCGCUCGACAUGUGGAGCCUGGGCGCCAUGUUCGCCUCCAUGAUCUUCCGCAAGGAGCCCUUCUUCCACGGCAACAGCAACUCGGACCAGCUGGUCAAGAUCGCAAAGGUGCUCGGUACGGACGACCUCUUUGACUACCUCGACAAGUACGAGAUUGAGCUGGACGCCCAGUACGACGACAUCCUGGGACGCUUCCAGAAGAAGCCGUGGCACAGCUUCGUCAACGCCGAGAACCAGAGGUUCGUGAGCAACGAGGCCAUUGACUUUCUCGACAAGCUACUUAGAUAUGACCACAUGGAGCGUCUCACGGCCAAGGAGGCCAUGGCACACCCUUACUUUGACCCGGUGCGCAACGAGGGCAUCCUGGAGCAGCUGCUCUCCCAAGGAGGCAGCAGCACAAACUCUACCAGCAUUUAAAUAUGGAUUAUGUUUCCGUGCCGGGGUCGGCACGGCGCUCAUGUUCACUUUGUUUUUUGUUCUUCCCUUGUCAUUCCUGCGUAAUGUUUCUCGCCAAGGACUCAAGGAGCGGAGAACUUCUUCGAGAUACCCCUUCUUCUCGACGCCCUCCACUCACACACCCAUGACGAUGCCGUAUGUUUAACUCGCGCGGGGCGUCGCCAUGUUGGAGAUGAUGACCGGAGUCUGGUUUUUGCUUUCGGUAGCAUGACUGGUCACAUGCAUUCUUUUUUUUUUCGCUGUCUUGCGAUGCGAUUGAUAAUCCGAGCCUUGGCUACUGCCUGAUCUGUCUUGUGUCCUUUUCCCCCGCUUGUAUUGAAGAUGGAGGAAGCUGGCCCUUUGAUGACGUGGGCUUGGACCCGGGCCAUUUUCCGGGAGAGUACACAUCUGUGUGUGGGUGGGAGGGUCUGGAGGGCUCCAGUUGUGCAAGACUGCGCCGUUAUAGCCUUGGGGAGUGCGGGUGCUUGGGCGGGGUGGUAGGGUGUAGGUGGUUCAUGCCGGCUGCCGCUUGGUGGAUAAUGACAUAUCGUCGUCGUAGUUCCAUUUCCCUGCUCAGGGCUGAGCAUGUUGCAAGCAAGCAAGCAAGCAAGCAAGCAAAGUACCCAGGUACCUAAGGAGUCUGAUAUGUUGGACCUCGCGCGAAAUGGCCACGACGACAAAGGUACCUUUACCUAGGUAGUCUCUCUCAAGUAGCUAGAUGUAUUCAGGCGUUCCCCUUCCUACUCGAUUGUGAUCUCCUCGUCCCA